AUGGGGAGUACACUGCGUAUUUCUGGCAAAUUCUUCUGGUGGCUUGCCAAAGGAAAGCUCGGAAAAUACUGGCCUCUACAGAUUAGAAUUUUUCAUGAUGAUACUCAGGCACGAAGCGAAAGGCUCCGUCUGCCAUUCUUGGUCUUUUCGCAUCGUCACUUAGCAAAAUUUUUAGGAAAACAUGAUUGGAUUACUCCAAGUCCACUUGGUGAGAACUUGUUUCAAAAACCAAGCUCCAGGCAGCGUGCUGACCUCAUUGAUCGACAUCAUGUCGUGGUCAGAAUCGGCAAAGCUCUCACUGGAACCUGGACAAAAAGCGUUCGCAACCCACCAAUAGGCGGCUCAAACGAGCAAGAUUCCUCCGACGAACACAUUGUGCUGGUUGCAGAAUUGUUAUUGAGCCUUCGGAGCCUAACUAAAUGUGGGCCCUUGUCAAUUGGUUCCUUUCCCCAUUUUGGACCCUCGUCCGAGGAAAUUCGCAGCGGCACGGUGCAGGGCUGGCAUGAAGGUAUUGCUUAUGGAGCACAGUCUGUAUGCUUCCUGGAAAUCAGACAAUGGAUAAUAAUUGAGGCGGAUGGGCUCUCGAUUCACCGCAAAAAUAUUAGUAAACAACUGAUGAUCCAUGUCUCACUCUGGCGGUCGGAUGAAGUAAAGGCACCAUAA